AUGUUGGAGACCCCUGGUGUAACGUAUAUCAUACUUCCCCAGUCUGCCGAGUCCUGCCCGAGUCCCAUCGACCCGCCCCCUGUCCCGCGCAGGCAGGCUCUGCUGCUAUCGACUGUCCCGCUCCUGCCCCGAGUGCCGCCACAGAAGCAGCCGCUACAGAUGCUGCUGCCGCUACAGAUGCUGCCGCUACAGAUGCUGCUGCCGCCACAGAAGCCCCCGCCACAGAAGCCCCCGUCACAGAUGCCACCACUACAGAAGCCCCCGCCACAGAAGCCACGGUGA